AUGGGGAUUGAAUUUCCAAAAGUGAGGGUUAACUCCUUGAUCAAUGCUCAAACGCGAAACUGGGAUGUGGACUUGCUGCAAGCUUUGUUCAAGCCUGAAGAGGUUCAGCUAAUUCGGGGCAUUUCACUUGGUGAUGUUUCAGCUAGAGAUAAAAUGAUAUGGCCUCAUACACAAUCUGGAACCUACACGGAAGAAAUUUGUGAUCAUUGCAAGUCACAUUCAGAGGACAUAGUUCAUGCCUUGUGGCUGUGUCCGUGUUUGAACGAGGUUUGGGAAGCUGAUACGGGUUGGAGUUUCAGGAACACUGUCCGUUGGGAUGACUUCCAAAAGCUCAUACUACAUGUUGAAGAGGUCGGGCUCGACCUGGAUUUGUUCGCCAUGAUCAUUUGGCUUUUGUGGCAUCGGAGAAACCAGAUCAAAGUUGGUAAUUCAGCCACUUCACUCGGUCAGAUAGUUGCCUGUGCUCGACAGCAGUUGCAAGAUUACAACCUGGUGCAACCAAUGAAGCCAGCGACUGAGUCGGCCAAUCUCCACACAGCAGUGACCUGGUCUCCUCCACGAGCUCCCUUCCUGAAGAUUAAUUACAAUGGCGCAGUGUUCCAGGAUUCAAACAGUGCAGGUUUAGGGGCUGUGAUCCUUGACAGUGUGGGUGGUGUGCUUGCCUCACUAGCAGAGAACAUUCCUCUUCCUCAGACGGUAGCAGACAUGGAGGCAGCAGCUGUAAGAAGAGCCAUCAUGCUUGCAACAGAUCUCAAUCUUAGCUCGAUAGUACUAAAGGGAGAUUCAGAAAUCAUCACUAGAGCAAUUCAAGCGGAGGAGCAGUCCCUAGCUUCCUAUGGUAAUCUCAUUGAGGAGAUUAGAUUACAUGUAGACUCUUUUCUCAAUUUUAGAAUUACUCAUGUUAAAAGAAAAAGGAAUUCUGUAACUCAUAGACUUGCUAGACAUGUUAGCGAUUUAGUGGUUUGGAUGGAGGAGGUUCCCUCCCACAUUUUACCUGUACUUUUAACCGAAGCUGGCUAA